AUGGCUGGACAUCAAAGAUCAACAAGCUUGCCAUCUAUGCCUCAUCCCAACUACAUCAAGAUUGAAGGAGAGCUGCGCAACAUAUGCUCAGACAUCUCACCAUCUGCCACCAUUGGAAUGGUGUCUGAUGGUCUGAGGAGGCUUGGGGACGUCUACAACUGCAUCAAUGAGAUCAUAAGCUUGCAUAGCAGCCAAGCACAUGGAAAGAGGCUGGAGGAAGAAAUGGAGCUGUCUCUUGAGGUGCUGGAUCUUUGCAGUGCCAUGCAAGAGAUGUUUGCUGACCUGAAGAUGACCAUCCAAGAGCUGCAAAUGGUUCUCAACAGGGGAGACCAUGCAGUCAUUCAAGUAAAGGCUCAGUCAUACAUCCGCUUGGUGAAGAAGGCUAAGCAUCACAUGAAGAAGGCAUGCAAUAAGUCUACCUCUGAUGAAGAUGGAAGGCUUGUCAGUCUGUUGACAACAGCGAGAGGGAUCACUGUCUCAGUCCUAAAAUCUUCGCUAGAGCUCCUGUCGAAGCAAAUGAACACCUGCAAUCCAAGCAAGUGGUGUCUUAUCUCCAAAUCGUUCCAGAAGGCAAAAGUUUCAUGUGAGGAGGUGCAAUUGCAGGCAUUAGAGUUGGGCAUUGUAGGCCUAGAGAGCGGAGCUGAGAACCUGUUCAGAAGAUUGAUCCAAACCAGGGCUUCCCUUCUGAACAUUCUUAGCUUGUAGAUGCUCUUCUGCUAAUGCAAUGCGAUUGGCAUCCAACUUUUG